AUAAAGUAAUUAGUUCCAUUUUAAGAAUGAAAUUAAUCAGACGUAACAAAUGUUUGUCUAAAAAUAAUAAAAAUUGAUGAUAAAAAUGAAAAAUGUAUGUCUUAACAUUUCAAACGAAACGAUUGCAGGAAAAUGACUGAAAGAAAGGUUCUAAAAUGAAUUGAAAGUUAAUCUGAAGGGCAAAGUCGCAAACCUUUUCAACACAUUUCCACAUAAUCUAAAUAUUGCAUAUUGAAUGUGUCAAAUCAUAAAGAGCAUUUGUUAGCAAAAUAAAAAAUUAAUGCCUCCGUGAGGAUUUUAUUUUACUUUCUACCACAACAGGACCACCGGUAAGAGCUAUUUUGCAAAAUCUGUUGUUACGAGUCUCUACCUCUCUUGUCACUUCGUCAGAGCACCUGCAAAUCGAUCCUUAAUUACAAGCUCAGAGCACACGCUACUGAACGGUUUAGAUGGUUUAGCAAUUUGUUUUUCAUUGCAUCUUCCAAUGUAUCCAAUAAAAAAUCAUUUUAAGAGAAGCUCUUUUAAAGAUAGAAAAUCUUUAAAAAAGAAUUCUUUGAUAAGGAUCAGAGUUUUUUUUAAUCAAGCAGCCGGAGCGAUAUUUCAAAAAGCUCAUCUUUUAUUGUAAUCAAUUAAGAGAUUUAUUUGAAAGAUAAAACCGGGAAUAUGAAAAUGUUUUAAGAAAUUCAGCUACUUUUGCAGGCUUUGAAAACAGAAUAUAGGCGGAACAGAAAUUUUAUUGAAAAUUGGCGCGAAAAAAGCCUCGUACACAAAUUUCACCACCACGAGGUUAUUGGCUGGCUGGCCUAAUAAUGCUGCUAGUGUGGUCCAUGAAGAAAACGUUGAAGAAAAUAAAUUUCAUAAGACAUGUCUGCUUUCCGUAGAAGAGGCAAGUUCACUUUCAAGCGCGUUGGCUCUCGAUUAGAAGGUAAAGCUAAAAAUGAAGAAAAAGAAGAAUCGGCCGUCCCUAAAUCACCAAAAAGAAAUGGCAACUUUGUCGCAACGAGCAUUCGUAACUUACGUCAAAAUCCUUAUAAAGAUUUUAGUAAAUUUGAAUCACCAGCUAAGAGGACAAAAAUUGCUAACAAUGACAUUAUGGUCGGUGAAUUGUAUGAGGACAUCGAUGAAUUUGACAAUGAUAUUAUGAUAGACCUUGAUAAUGACGAUUUUUCAAAAGAUUUGACUGUUGACUAUCUGAACACACUGGAAGUUGAAGCGUCGCAACAGAUGCAAGAAAAGAUCAAACCAACAAAAAAUUCCAUGGAUGAGGUUCAUACAUUUAUAUCUGUCAAGAACUGUCAAGAAAAAACACUUGACCUUUUUAGUACAGGUCAAACCGUUGAUAGAACUAUUGUUGAUAAAAAGCAAAGACAGUCAGCGACACACCAGCCUCAAGCUGAAAUAAAUGAUUAUAAAGACAAAUUUAAAACAAUGGAAGAAUCAAUGUUUGCCAAAGAUGGUGAAAUAAAAAUUCUUAGGCAGAAUCUUGGCCGAGCACAAGAAGAGAGAGAUAAUUUAAGAACACAAAUUCAAAAGAUUGAAAGAAAUACUGCAGGAGAAAAAAGUGAAAGCCAGAAGAGGCUUGAGAGAGAAAUUGAAAAAUUGCAAACCCAAUUACAAUUCAAAAACAAAGAAAUACAGGACAUAAAGGAAUCAAGGCAUAAGUAUAACAGCAUCAAGGAUGCAGAAAAAAUUGCUCACCUAGGAACUUCUGCACAUCCAAGCCCUUCAACAAGUAGAACGAUUUCUUUAUUUGACAAUACAACUUUUGCUAAAAGAGAUUCAGCAUCUCCAAAUAUGAGAAAAGCUGAAACCAAAAAACUGAUUGAACAUACAGAUCAUAAGUACAAACUUCUUAAUGCAGCAAAGAAGAGAUUUGAUAUUAUGAAUCAUGGUCAAAUUCAAAUAGAAAAAGAGCUUCUACAUCUAAUCGCAGCCCCAUUAGACAAUAUUAGUUAUUCUGAUAAAAAUUUACCUGAAUUGAACUUUGAAAGUGAAGCAGACCUGACUGGUUCAAUGGGAAAUAGCUUUAUCCACCAAUGUAUCCUGGAAUUACAAGGGAUGGGCCUGAGGAGUACUGUGAGCAUUGUUGAGAUGAUAGAACCACACUUAGCUAAGCUAUCACAAUACGUAAAAGACAUUUCUAAACCUAGAGAUGUUGAUCUUCUUUGUGAAGAAUCUGAAGAUGUUGGGAAUAAUUGUAUUGUGUCAAAUGUUGAAAAAGGGAAUCCUUUGAGAAACAAAACAGAAUUAAAAUUUGGAAUUGUGGUAUUAUCUGUACUAAGGAUCACAGUAAAACAUGAUGUUUCGAUACAAGGAUAUUUCUUGGAAUCUUUGAACAAUAAUCAGAAGGGGACUAAAGAUCAUAAGAAUCAAAGUUCCAAGGUCAAGAUCUGUAAUUAUCAUGACCAAUUAAAACCUCCAAAACCACUCUCUGACACUGUGGAACUUGAAAAUUUUGAAGAUAUAAUGAAUCAUUUGUCUGUGAUUGUAACCUAUAAACAGUGUCCUGACGUUAUCAAAGAAAGUAUUUUUGAAGUUCUGGUUUCCUUAUCGUCCUCUUGUAGGAACAUAUCAAAAAUUGGGUUGGUUAAAAUGCUGGAACAGGGCAAACUUCUCAGCACAUUUCUAUCAAAUAUGAACACAAAGAAAAUCUCAGCUCUCCUUGCAAUAUUGAAAGUUUUAUCAGUCACUGAUGGGUUUGAAAGUAUUUUAUGCUCUGGUUCAGCUAAUUGUCCACUGAAUGCGCUGUAUAAAGUUUUUGUGAAAAAGCUAGAGGAUUGCACAGAAUUGCAAUGGAAAGAUGUUAAACUUGAAGUUGUCCACACUGUCUCCACUAUCAUAUCUUGCUGUCCAAAGUCACUGAGGGUUAUACUAGAUUCAGACUGUGAAUGCCGCAGUGAGCUCACAAAAUCCUUGGUCUUAAUGCUUUUUAAAGAAUAUAAGGACAUCAGGAAAGAUUACCUGUUGCAAGAUAAGAACCACAUGCUCAUGGAAAGCAAAAUGUUUCUUCUGCUCAGACAAGGGAUGUCACUUUUAUCACUUGUUAGUUUGAGUGAUAAGAACUUCAUGGAUCAUAGAGUUGAGGUGGAAUGGCAAUAUCUCGAUUUGAUCUAUGGAACAAUUCGCCUGUACCGAAGAAUUCCUUCAAUUAGUGAAAAUGAAGUUCUCAUGGUGCAAGAUUUGCGUGACAUCGAUCAGUAUGAUGAUUUUGAAGAAUCUGAAGAUGGACCACAAACAGACUUCCCUAUGGAUCAAAAUUAAUAGUGUGAAAUAUUUUAAGAAAGAUUUUCCCUUUUUCAUUUCCAGGUACUUGUACAGAUAAAAGCUAUUUGAAUUUGUUACAUAUUAAUCACUGUUAUGUUCAAGAAUUUAAUAUUUAUUCUUGAUUUAAUGAAAAUCAUUAUAUAAGUUAAGGACCUAAAUAAGUAAAUAUUCCAAACAUACUUUAAUUUCUACUAGCUUGUGUCACAGCAAAUAUUUGGUUUGCUAUAUGAUAAUAGAAAACUAUACAAACUGGAUGUGGGUGUUCUGAUGAGACAUUUUAACAUAAUCCAUUUGUAUUAUCCAACAAGACAGAGCAUUGUGAGUUUGUAAAAUUUUCCUUGAAAAAUUUUUGUACCAAAAGCCAGGGAUUAUUGUUUCAUAUCAAUUUUGUUAAUGUAAAAUUCAUCAGUUUAUAAUACUUUUUGAAGAAUUUUUGUAAAUAAAUGUAUAUAGAACACAUGAAAGACUGACAGACAUUUUUGCUUUUUAAUCUCCAUCCUGCCUUUCUUUGUUAUUGAAUAGAAAUAGAAGGUUUUUAAGACAUAACACUAUUACUAAGGAUUUAAAAAUUAUCCUUGAAGCUGCAGGGUUUUGCAAAAGGAAAUGAAUAAAAUAUAGUUGGAGGAAAAAUAUUAAAAACAUUGCUUAGUAUUAACUGUUGAAGUAUUGAAAGAUGAAAACAAAAGCAGCUUUAUAUGAGAAAGAUUCCUUUAAACACAAAGCACAUGGCAGAUUUUUGUCUUUAAAGAUUAAGGUUUUUGUCUAUACAAGAUAUUAAUCUUAUUUUUGGAUAACUUUGAAAAGGCACAGUUUGAUCACACAAGAAAAUUAAAAUAAUUUUAUAUAUUUGAUUUUUGGGUCCAUUUAAUGAUUAUUUCAGCGCAUCAAUUUAGAUUGAUAAAUAUGCAUAAAUAAACCCUAUAAAUAUCUAAUUAACACAGAAACCACUUAUCAUUGUAUGUUUUCUUUGACUUAAAGUGUAUCUAGAUGCCUAAAUCUUUUAUCUAAAAUAUGAAUAUGUUAGAAAGUAUUACAGAACUGGCAGAAAUCUACUUGGAAAAGGGUUGAGACAAAUAUUCUGAAUGUUAGCUUCCUGAGAGUGAUUCAACAACAUUUAAGACAGCCUCUUGAAAGAAUUUGGUCAGGAAGAACUUUUUAAAGAAUUAGCUACUUGUAAAGUCAGUUAUGGAAUGGUUUUUUAAGGGAAAACCUUGAAGGAAAAACAUUUUAAAAUAUAAUUAAUGAUGUAUGCGAGGAGGUUCUGAUCUAAAUUACUUUCAACUGAUUCAUUAGGUCAUCUAAAGAUUCAUUAGUGUCAGAGAUCCCAGUGGAUUCAUCUUUAUUUUCAACAACAUCAGGUACAGUGUAUGCAUAUGAUAUCCCCUCUGUAAGCUUUGGCAUUGGUGCUUCUUCCACAUCUGCUGACUCAUCAACUAAGCAAAUACCCCAGGAAUUAUCUUCAUGGACAACCUCUGGCUCGUCAGUACUAGCUUUCAAAUUAUCACCAUUCUUUUUCAUCUCUGCAAGUUUUAUGUUGUAUUCAUUUUGCUUCUUUAGACAAUUUCUGUCCUCACAUUGUGGAUUUGGUCUCAUGGUCAUCUGAGGAAAAAAAUCUUGCAUUGCAUUGUAACCCAAGUAGAAUGUAACAGUUCCAAAAUUAAGCAAAUACUUUAAUGUAUUUUGGACCAAAAACCCAGCAACAACACCCAUUGUAGUUGGAAGUGAGGCAGCACAAACUCCAUCUCGCUUUAAGGUCUUUUCAUCAAUGUUUGAUGCAACAACCAGGGGUGGAGCACAUGCAAAACAUGCUGUUUCGCCUGGGACAAUGAACUGAAUGUGACCAGAUACUGCAUUUUCACUCACUCCACUUUCUAUCCAGCUUUGACCCAGCUCAUUACAUGCAGUGUUCACGGCCAUUCUUGCUUCGUAGUUAUCAACACAACUGAGUACCAAAUCGACAGCCUGUCCCUGUAGUCCACCUGUUUUAACUUUGGCAAUAAAAUGGUCAAAAUUAUCUACUGUUGUAAUGUUGUAAUUAAAAACUUCAAAUUCAACAUCAGGGUUUAUCUCCUUGAGUGUUCUCUCUGCUGCCUCUACUUUGCUCAUCCCCGAGUGUUCUGGCCUAAAAAAAAGUCGGUUCAUGUUUGCAAGUUCAACUUUGUCAUAAUCAAAAAGUAUGAGCUUUCCAAUGCCACAUCGAGUAAGCAUCUCAGCAGUAACACUACCAACACCUCCAACACCCACUACAGCCACGGUAUAAUCACGAAUUCGUUCGUAAUCAGAGACAAUCCCCAUUCGUUUCAGUGCCAUGAGCCGACUGUAUGGAUUUGAAUCAACAACCUCAGCACUCAUCUUCUCAAUCUUAUUCCUAAAUACUGAGGUAGCAUUGCAACUUGCCAGUUGUUCUUCAAGUUCCUUUACCCUUUUUCUCAGCGUUUCAACCUCAGACAUUUUUAAAACUUCCUUUCGAACAGCUGAUAGUUUUUAGGCCUGUUGAUAAUUCAAGAAUACGUAUUUCUAACCUCGUGAUGAAACAACCUCGAUAUCAGAAUGAGAAACUUCUUACAGAUGGAAUUCCCCCAGUGGAUCCCCCCAUUUUAUUUCAAUUGAUUCAUCAUUUGUCAGAAAGUGCUACAUAAAGAUUAAACACAAAGAUUGCAUAGCGAAGCUAACCUUUUGUCCUUCAGAAAUAUUCAAUUUCAAGAGUAACUUUAUCCGAGUCGUAAAAUAGUUAUGCGGCAGCUAAACAGAAUAACCUUUCAGACGUUCUCCCUUUAACGAAAAUUGCAUUCCCUUCGGAGAAUAGCUAACUUGAAUCAUCUUCACAGGUCACAAAAUGAAAUGUUUUCGAAUACGCCAAACAACAGCUUCCGAGAAAACUGACGAAUAGAUCCUUAAACAAUAUAAAAGGUGAACUUUUUAAGGCCAGCAGGCGUUGGAUAUCUUAACUUGUCUUAAUAUUAAUUGGGGCUAAACAAAAACCGCAUGUACCGUGUUGGAUCUGUUGGAUACGUAGCUUGGUCAUUUAAAACGAUGAUUGUAGCUCUUAAGCAGUGAGCUGUUUCAAGAUACCCACUUGACAGAAGCCAAAAACAGCAAAAAAACCCUUAAACGAGCACGGAGGUCGGUGAAAAGGGCAAUUCAGGCUCAUUACCUGCAAUUCUUAAAAAGAUAUUCAUUGACAUAGCAUAGUUGCGUAAUGUUUUGUAGUUUAUGUCCACUUUCAAGGAAAUAAUUUAUUUGCAAAAUAAAUAAAUAAACAUAUAAAUGGGGUGUACUAAUUUUCUUCAUGGAUCAACAGUUUUUAUCUUAGUGUAAAAGAAACUCUAAAGAAACAUUAAGCAGUAUGACACAAUUACAAACCCAAAAAUAUUCGUAAAAUGAAUAUAAGGUUGAAACCAACAACAAAAUCUACAAGUCUCCACAAAAAUUCUUUAAUUAAUCGAUACUAACCAAAUUAAAUAAAAAAUUGAAAAUUGUCCACUUUAAUCUAUCUACACUUAAACAAGAACAGACGCCCCUCGACAUUAAAAGGAUCGCGUUGAACGGGCUUGUUUCCAAAU